AUGCAAUCAUCAAAAACUUCCUUCGGAAGUGUUUAUUUACGGUGUAGUCAACCGGCAAUGAACUAUUGCCUUAGCGGAUCUUCAAUAGCUAAUACUGGACCUUUCCAGUCCUCAACUAACCAGAAUCCUUUCAUUGGAGAUGCUCUACUGCAUGCUUUAUCUAAAUGCGGUCCAAAUACAAGGGUAUUCCAAGCACUCUUCCAAUACAUUCCCUUACGAGAUUCACCAAAUGAAAAUCCUCAUUUAGAAUUGGCUCUACAGCCUGGAGAUUAUAUAUUAGUUCAUGGUCCAAUGGAUGAAGAUCAAUUUUAUUUUGGUGAAACCUUAAAUGGCGACAAAUCUGGAUUAGUGCCUUCUAAUUAUAUACAACGGGUUCCAGAAUACACAUUACUUCAAAAUAUAUCGCGAUCAACUAGUCAUUCAUACUUACCAACUAAUAGUCAAAGUAAUACUAUUUCUGUUUCAAAUCCUUUUUUAAACCAUCAAAAUUUGUUACAAAAUUCAGCCUUAAAAUUAUCCUCAAAUUUGGAGGGUUCAUGUCAUCAAAAUAUUAAUACACAAUCAUCUACAGUUAUUGGAAGUUGUUAUAACUCUCUUACUAGAAAUCAACAAGAAACUACUCAGGAUUCACCUUCUUUCACAGUUAAUGUUCCACCACAUCAUACAAAAAUUACUCAUGAUUUUACUGAUCAUGAUAAAUGUAUUACAGCACCAUUAACAUCGGCAUCAAAUACACUAACAAAAGCCUUUUCUGCAUCGGGUUAUCGUAAUAUACUUCAGAAUGAUAAUUAUAAUUCUAUUAAUGAUGAUUUACAAUUAUCUUCUGGUACAUAUACGGUACCUUCAUUAGAACAACAACUUGCCGCCAACAUCUCUGCCAGUCUUACAAACCUCAGUUUAGGAGGGAAUCCUUCUGCAUACAGUACCCUUUCACGGCAAAUCAUUUCAACUGCUGAUGUUCCAUUUCCAGAUUCAGUUUGCCCAUAUCCACCAUUAGAUGUGAGUAAAGUUACUGUACAAGAAAUUAAACAGCCAAAUCAACCAAGAGUGCCUUUUCCAAGAGAGAUAACAGUUGAGAAGAGAAUGGCAAAAUCUGUUUUAAUAUCAUGGUUACCACCAGAAGAUUCAUCAACAAUUGUGUCACAUUACCAUGUUUGUGUAGAUGGUACUGUAAAAGCAGUCGUUCCAGGUUCAUAUAAAUGCAAAGCAUUAUUAGAAGAUAUUAAUUUAGAGAAAAGUGUUAACAUAUCAGUGAGAGCAAUUACAGAAAAUAAUCAUUCUCCAGAUGCUGCAUGUAGUAUUGCUAUUGGUAACGAUGCUUCUGUUGCUCCACAACAUCUAAGAGUAUGGAAUGUGACUCCUGUUGGUGCUUGUGUUUCAUGGUACCCGUCAAAUAGUAAUGCAGAACAUGUCCUAUUAUUAAAUGGAUCAAAAGUUGGUGUAUGCCCUUCCUCAGUCUUUCAGGUUCAAUUACACGGGCUCAUUCCUUCAACGAUAUAUCGAGUUUCAGUUAGGACAAAGCAUCCUAAAGCAGUAUUAGAACAGAGACCAGUUGAACGUUGUUUGGAUUUUAAAACAUUGCCUAAAAUUGGUUUACCAGAUCCACCCAGUAACGUCCAAUUAGAGUUAGGUCCACAGGCAGGGAGUUUGUUACUUUCUUGGACUCCAGUAACAUCACAACCUAAACCUCCUAGUAGAGCAGCAGUUUACAGUUACUUGAUUUAUGGUGACGGUAAAAAUAUUGCCCAAGUUCCAUCUGCAGAAGCUGACCAUAUUUUAUUAAAUAUUGGAGAUUUACUAGAAGAUUUACCACUUUUUUUAACUGUCCGUACAAAGACAAAGGAAGGGGCUGUUUCUGCAGAUUCAAACGUUGUUCGUGUACCUAGAAAUAUAAAUACAUUAACACAAACACAACGUCAUCUUUUUAAUAGUGGAAAAAAUUUAUCUGGAUCUUUACAAUAUUUAGAUUCAAGAAUACCGGGAACAUUUUUAUUGGGAGGACAAAUUACUUCAGGUGACAAUUUAAAUAUUGGUAUAGGAAAUUCUUUACAACAACCUCCAACAAUAGAUACAGCAAUAAUUAAUCAAGGGACAUCAUUUCAACAACAUCAACAACAACAGCAACAGCAACAACAAACAAAACAACAAGGUAUUAUUAGUGGUAUAUUAACAACAACAUCAUUACCUAAUAGUUUAAUAUAUCAACAACCACAAAAACAACAAUCUAGUAAUAUAAUACAAUAUCCUCAAAGUAGUGUAUCAUUCCUUCCACAGGGAGGAAGGAUGCCUAAUAUUGGACAAGGAACAUCAAUAUCACAACAUCCAGUAUCAUUAGUUACAGCUGGAAGAAGUCAAUCAUCUGGUCUCUUAACAACAAUACCAUCAAAUAUAAAUCAAUUAAAUGGUGGUAUACAGGGAACUUCAAUAAAUUGUUACCAAAAUCAACCCUCAUUUCAACAACCAUCAACAUCAUAUUAUUAUCCAAAUAGUAGUAUAACAAGAUCAAGACCAUCACAUCUUUUACAACAUCAAAAUACAGCACCCCUAAAUUAUAUAACAAAUACAUUAAAUAAAAAUCAAGAAAAUGAAAGUGUCUUUCAACAUGAGUAUCCAUCAACAUCAUCACAAUAUUAUACAUUCCAUCCAAAUGGUUUAUAUAAAGAAUAUAAUGUUGCUGAUGAGAAACCAUCAAUUCUUGAAAUGGAAAAUAAUUAUUUAUUAAAACAUCGUAAUAUAUCAUCAGUACCAUAUAAUAAUAGGUAUUAUUAUCCUGAAAAUAUUCGUAAUACUCAUGAUUAUUAUCCUAGAAAUGAUAAAAAUUUUUAUCCAUAUACUUCUAAUGUAUCUCAUGGUACUGGAACAUAUUAUACUGGUGGUUAUGGGACAAUGGAAAGAAGAGGAAUGGUUGGAGGACAUCUUACUGAUAGAUUAUCACGUGUACGUAGUGAAGAAAUUUUAGGUCCUGGUAAUGGGACAACAAGAAGUGAACCUGAUCUUAGACCAGUUGUCUUUCCUGGAAAUCCUAUUGAAGAAGAGGAUCAUUUUAUAAAAAAUACUACAAAUGAUAGGACAUGUCGUUGGUUUGUGGCACUUUUUGAUUAUGAUGUUUCAAUGUCACCAAAUCCAAAUGCUGCUGUUGAAGAGUUACCAUUUAAAAAACAUCAAUUAAUUAAAGUUUAUGGUGAUGCAGAUCCAGAUGGUUUUUAUCAUGGUCAAAUUGGUAGAAGAUGUGGUUUGGUACCUGGAAAUAUGGUUAUUGAAAUAGCUAAAAAUGAUAUAAUAAAUGAGGGAUCAAGAGGUGUAGCAGUUUUACCUGAUCCAAAUAUUAGAAGAAUGAGAUGGGGAAGUUUAAAAUCAAGAUCAUAUGAUAAUAGUGGUGAUCGAAGGAGAGGUCCUGGUUCUGUUCCUCCACCAAUGUCUAGUAGAGGAAUUACCACUAGAAAUGAUGAAUAUCCACUAUCAUUAGAUAUGUCAUAUGAAUUACCAAGUGGAGUAAGAAGAAUAGGUCCAGGUGAUGAAAUAAGUCCUAGAAUGAGAUAUUAUGAUGGUAAAGGUCCAAUGGUUGAUGAUUAUAAUUUUGGAAGUGGAAGACAAAUAUCAGUUGGAAGGCAUGCUUCUUAUGGUGGUAGAGAUUGGUCUUUAGAUGGUAGAAGAAAUGAUAUGUUUGAUAGACAACACCGUCAACCUGAAUACCCAUCUACAAGAAGAGGAAGACCUUCAUAUGGAUAUGAUAAUUAUGAAUAUGAUCAACAUGAUAAAUCUCUUGGUAGUAGUAGUAUGUAUCCAAAAAUGAAUAGAAGAAUUAUUGGUUAUGAUGAAAAGGGUCAUUCUAUUGAUGAUCGUGGUCCCACAUCACGUAAUAUUCCUGGUUUUUCCAGUGGAAGUAUAAAAAUGCAAAAAAUGGUAGCUAAAUUUGAUUAUGAUUCACGGCAAUUAUCACCAAAUGUUGAUGCAGAACAGGUUGAGUUAAGUUUUAAACAGGGUGACAUUAUUACAAUAUAUGGAGAUAUGGAUGAAGAUGGAUUUUAUAUGGGAGAAUUAAAUGGUAUUCGGGGAUUAGUACCAUCAAAUUUUUUGGCUGAACAUACACCAAAUACUUUACUUCCUCCAAAUAUUGGUCAACAACACCUUCUUCAAAGACAAUCAACACUUGAUAAUGUUUCUCAACAACAAAUAAAAGUUAAAGGUGUUGCAUUUAGUGAGGGUCCAUCAGAUGGAACAAUGAUGGAAAAAAAUUUAAAUAGUGAUAGACCUCCAGUUGGUAAUAGUGGAAUGAAAAAAGUAAUACCUGGAAAACAGGCAAAUCAAGGAAUUGGUAAUAAAAGUAUUCCAAUACCAACUAAUGGAAAUACAAAAAGUACUAAAAUUGGAACAGCAACAAGUACCAAAGGAACUACAAAAAAAGCAAUAGAAGUUCCAAAAUCAGGGGUAAGUGGUAGUAGCGGUGGAAGAAAAAUUAGUCAAAGUACAAAAAAAGUAGAUACUACAAUAAAAAAAAAGUAG